AUGGUCCUCAGGCACGGGCCGCAAUGUAUCUGUCAGCUUUGUACUUGCGGGUAAGUUGAUAUACUGAUAUAAGUUUUUAAGCAGGCAUUUUUGUUUUGUCAUUUUUAAAAUUUGUCAUAGCAAAUAAUCAUAAAAUAAAACUUAUAAUACAAUUUUUUGAAAAAAUGUCUAAAAUCAUAGGUUUAGGUAUAAAGCAUAAUUUUUAGGUAACAAAUUUUUACUUUUAUUCAUAUAAACCACGUUAUGAUAAUUUACAUUACUUUAAGUCGCCACCACUGCCCCUACGAUCGCAACGCCAGCAGCUUACAACUAGGAACCAGUGAUGAAAGUCCAUUCAAACGUGAAGUAGGUCAUUAUUUUUUAAAUUUAUUCAAAUUUUAGGAAAAUAAAAUAUCGCCAAAAACCGCAGCCGAUGCCAGAGCCAAACCCAUCAAACCAAAACAAGAACUGACUGGACUUUCUUUACAGGUAUGGCUACUAAAAAUCAAAUAUUUGAACAUUUUUUGAAAAAAAAUUAUUUUUGCUAUGUACUUUUUGACCCUCGAUAUAUACUUCUUGAGCAAAAAAAUUGUUUUUUACAUAAUUAAUGUCAAUUUUUAAAUUUUUCCAAAUUCAGGUGAAUGGCUAUAAGAAUCAGAACAGCAGUUAUCAUGAAGAGUUUAGUUUUGAUGGCCUACAACAAGGUGAAUUGCGUGACAAAGUGAAAAAACCAACAGAAUCGGACAUAUGGAAGGUAAGCACAACAAAAGUAUCAAAUCAUACCCAUAAGUAAAUAGUAAUAUACAAAAUACUAAUUUUUUACAUGUAACUUUGACCACCAAAACUUGUUUUACGUUCAUAUAAUACUUACAAAUAACUACAAGACUCCUCCAUUACUAUGUUAUAAAAAGUAAAUUUUUAUAGCAGGACAGCAAAUUCGACGCUACAUCAACAGUGCAACGUGACUAUACCCCAAAGAAAGGAGAUCGGUAUGAAGCCAAACGACCGGUCGAUGCUGACCUUAUCGACAGAACUGCUCAAAUAGAACGAAUGUCAUCCAACGCCCAUGACUUUAAGGCUUCAAAAGCUGACAAAUCAGAGGCUAAGAAGCCAGGAGAAUCAGAAAUCUGGAAGAAUUCAGGUAAAUUCGAAGGAAAUUCUGUGAAUCGGUCCGAUUACAACGCCAAACAAGGGGAACGAUACGCCAUGAAGAAGCCUGAAGACAGCAACGUCCUCAAAGGGCAAGGCAAGUUCGCUGACGAAACCUUGAAUCGAAGUGAGUUUGGACCCAAAGUUGGAGACAGAUUCGAAGCCAAGAGGCCGACUUCAAACCCCUACUGGAAGCAAGAUGGACAACUCGACAGUAAAUCGAUCACCAGGUCUGAUUACCAACAAACAAAGGGUGAUAGAUACGAAGUAACACGACCUCAAGACAGCCAGAUUCUGAAGAGCGACGGUAAAUUUGUUGACGAUACAGUAACCCGGUCAGAAUAUGGUAAAAAGGUUGGAGAUAGAUACGAAACACAACGACCGAGAGCCGACAGCUCAUUCAAAAGAGAUGGUAAGAUGGAUGCUACGUCUACGACGAAACAAGACUAUGUAGCCAAGAAAGGGGAAAGAUACGAAAUUCAGUUUCCAAAGGGUUCUGAAGUCCUUAAAGGAGAAGGCAAGUUUGACGAUAAGACAUUGUCGGCUACAGAAUUCACAGAGAAGAAGGGAGACAGAUACGACGUCAAGAAACCUACAGUAGAUCCCUUGUGGAAGGCAGAAGGAACCAUGGACAACACCACAGUAAACCGCAACGAUUACUCUGUAACAAAAGGAGAUCGUUACGAUGUUGUGAAGCCAAAAGAUUCCGAAACCCUAAAGAAUUCAGGACCUUUCAACGAUGAAACCUUAAACAAAAGUGAGUACGGCCCUAAAGUAGGUGACAGAUACGAUGCAGUACGACAUACAGAAGACGCAUCGUGGAAGACUUCCGGCAAGGUGGACGGUAAAUCUGUAGCACAAUCUGAUUACCGUGAGACUAAAGGAGAUAGGUACGAACGGCAGGUUCCACAGCCUUCCAACGUGCUCAAAGGUGAUGGUAAGAUAGAUGACCAAACUAUGAAUCGAUUGGAAUAUACAGAGAAGAAGGGUGACCGUUACGAUGUGAAGAAGCCUACCGUGUCGGAAAUCUGGGAUCGCGAAGGUACGAUGGACGGUGAUACCGUGAACAAAACUGAUUAUGGUCACAAGAAGGGCGAACGUGCUGAGAGAGUACGGCCAGAAGACAGUAACGUUCUCAAAGGAGAAGGCAAGUUCAAUGACGAUACGCUACACAAAUCAGAAUACGGCCCAAAGGUCGGCGAACGCUUUGAAGCCAAAAAACAUUCAGAAGAUCCAUCGUGGAGAACAGAAGGAAGAUUCGAUGCAACUUCUACAAUUCAUGACGACUACGGUGAGAAGAAGGGAGACCGUUAUGAAGCCAGAAGACCAAAGGAUUCUGACAUUCUGAAAGGAGACGGAGCAUUUACUGAUGAAACACAGCAUCGUGCUGAAUAUGGAGAGAAACGAGGAGACAGAUUUGAAGCUAAAAGGUACGAUGAAGACCCGUCUUGGAAGCGUGAAGGCAAAUUUGACGCUACAUCAACUGUCAGAGAUGACUACGGUGAGAAGAAAGGAGAACGGUAUCAGACAAGAAAACCCAAGGAUUCAGAUGUCCUAAAAGGAGAUGGUACCUUUACUGAUGAGACUCAACAUCGUGCAGAAUAUGGUGAAAAGCGAGGUAAUCGAUACGAAGCCAAGAGGUACGAUGAAGAUCCAUCGUGGAAACAAGAAGGCAAGUUUGAUGCCACUUCUACAGUACGCAACGACUACGGAGAGAAGCGUGGCGAACGUUACGAAGCUCACCGACCAAAAGACUCAGACCUUCUCAAAGGUACCGGCGAAUUCGAUUCUCAGACCGUGAAUCAGCGUGACUACGACCAAAAAGUGGGCGAUCGUUACAGUACCAAAAAACCGACUGUUUCUGAGAUUUGGCAAUCACAAGGUCAGAUAGAGGGUCGGUCAGUUAACCGUGAAGACUACAACAACCCAAGAGGUGAGAGGUACGAUGUGGUUAGGCCUCACGACUCAGAUAUCCUAAAAGGCAAGGGUAGAAUAGAAUCUGACACAAUAAACCGACAAGACUACGGUGCCAAAGAAGGCGAUCGUUAUGAGACCAAGAAACCUACCGUGUCCGAAAUCUGGGCCCAACAAGGCCGGAUGGAUGACUCUACAGUAACCAGGGACGAUUACACACAUCAGAAGGGUGACAGAUACGAUGUCGUGAAGCCAAGUGGCAGUCAGAUACCUCAAGGUGAUGGUAAAUUCUCAGAUGAAACACUCAACCAACAUGAAUACGGUCCGAAGAUAGGGGAGCGAUAUGAGACUACCAGACCUACAGUAUCCGAUUUGUGGAAACGUGAAGGUACAAUGGAUGAUAGGACUAUCAACAGAAGUGACUAUGCCAAUACAAAAGGAGAAAGGUACGAUGUCCAGAGACCAGCUGACAGCAACAUUCUGAAGGGCGAAGGCAAGUUUGAUGACAGUACAGUAAACCGAAGGGAUUACGGUGAAAAAGUUGGCGACAGAUACGAAGCAAGAAGACAUAGAGAAGACCCAUCAUGGCAAACAGAAGGCAAAUUUGAAGCUACAUCAACGAUAAGAGAUGAUUACAGAGAAAAGAAAGGUGACAGGUAUGAAGCCAGGAGGCCAAAGGAUUCUGAUAUUCUGAAAGGUGAUGGAGCGUUUACUGACGAAACACAACAUCGUGCUGAAUAUGUUGAGAAAAGGGGAGACAGAUACGAAGCCAAAAGAUACGAUGAAGAUCCAUCGUGGAAAAAAGAAGGCAAAUUUGAUGCUACAUCUACUGUCAGAGAUGACUACGGUGAAAAACGAGGAGAACGACAUCAGACGCGACGACCCAAAGAUUCAGACAUCCUCAAAGGAGACGGAACCUUUACUGAUGAAACACAGCAUCGUGCUGAAUAUGGUGAGAAGCGAGGUGAUAGGUACGAAGCCAAAAGGUACGACGAAGAUCCAUCGUGGAGACAAGAAGGCAAGUUUGACGCUACAUCUACAGUACGCGAUGAUUACGGUGAAAAACGAGGAGAUCGCUACGAAGCACGUCGGCCGAAAGAUUCUAAUAUUCUAAAAGGUGACGGAACGUUCACGGAUGAAACCCAGCACCGUUCUGACUACGGUGAAAAACGUGGAGACCGUUAUGAAGCCCGUACCCACACAGUAGACCCGUCCUGGAGAACACCUGGAAAGAUGGAAGGUAGAAGCGUAGCCAACGAUGACUACAGAGUAAUGGUCGGAGAUCGAUACGACGUACGAAGACCUAAAGAUUCUAACAUUCUACGUGGUGAAGGCAGAUUUGAGGGUGAUGCAGUGACACAUUCAGACUACGGGCCAGUAGCACAUGGUGAUCGAUACGAUACUGUUAAACCCAGAAGUUCAGAGAUGUGGAAACGAGAAGGCACAAUAGAUGGAAAGUCAGUCAACCGUGAAGACUACAGUAAUACAACUGGAGAUAGAUACGAAGUAGUGAGGCCAAAAGACAGUAAUAUUCUGAAGAGUGAUGGAAAAUUUGAUGGAAGAACGGUAGCACAAAGCGAGUACGUUGAGAAACACGGAGAUCGUGCUGAAGUCAGAAGACCAAAGGAUUCUAAUGCAUUGAAAGGAGAAGGAAGUUUUGCUGAGCACAUUGGGGAACGGAAGAAGGCUACAGACGUGCCUAAAGGCGACAGAUUUGAAGUCAAACGUCCUAGGACUUCUGACAUAUGGAAGGUAAAGAUUUUUCACGCUUUAUCUUUACCUCGAGAUAGACCUUAUAUAUAAUACAUUCCUUAGCAAUUAAUUUUAAACAACCACACCAAUUAGUAACAGUAACAUAUAUUUAAGUAACCUAAUACCCUCAUUUUAGCGUGACGGCACAAUGGAAGCCGAAUCUUCAACAAAACGUGACUACAAAGCCCACAAAUCAGGAGAACGAGUUCCAUUACAAAAACGAGAAGAUAGUAAUGUACUCAAGACAAAUGGCAAGUUCGAAGGUCAUACUACCACGCAAGACGCCUUCAAGCCAGGACAGUCAGUUCGAUUCGAUGUCAAGAAACCGUCGACUUCCGAAGACUGGAAAAGAAAUGGCAAAAUGGAAGGGAAAUCCGUAGCCAAAUCGGAUUACGUUGAGACUCAUGGAGAUCGUUAUGAUGUCAAGAAGCCAAAGGAUUCUGAUCUACUGAAAGGCCAAGGAGCUAUUGAUGGACAAAGCUCAAACAGAUCUGACUAUGGAGCGACUAAGGGUGACAGAUACGAUGUUAGGAAACACGAGACUUCAGAUUUGUGGAAGGUAAGAGGCUUUCUGAUGGUUAUAUAUUAGAAACAGUUGCGUGAAUGAUAAAAGUAAUAUAAUUGAUUUAGAUUUUGAUGUUACAAGAUUCAUAAUUAAUAUUACCUAAUAAAAUUUUCAGACAUCUGGUACGGUAGAGAAAGAAAGUGUAGCACACAGAGAUUACAGCAGCUUCAAAAUAGAAGGCAGGAAGAAGAUCGACCGACCAUCAAGUUCACAUGCAUUAAAGGUAAGAUUCUAACACUAAUUUGCUAAAAUAAAGUUAUACAACAUAAUAUGACCGACAAACUAUGAUUUUUACUAUGAAAAAAAAAUAAUUGAAAGCAUCAAUCCCAAAUUAUAUGACAACUAACACAAAAAUACAAAACUUCAUUUUCAGCGUGACGGCAAAAUGGAAUCGACCACAGUAAAUCAAGAAGCCUACUCCAACAAAGCCGGGGAAAGAACCAAGCCAAUCCCUCAGAAACGGUCCAACCUUCAAUUAGGCCUCGGAAAAGGCAUAGAAGUAGCCAGAUCGACAAGUCAAACCGACUUCAUCUCACAUAACACCACCCCUGUCAAACCCAUCAAACACGAAUCGACAUUGGGCGUCAGCAGAGAAGGCUUGUUUGUUACUCCUUUAACUUAAUCUAGUACUUUCAGGAACCUUAGAUGGACAUUCCGCAUAUCAGGACAACUACACGGCUCCAACACUAAGCUCACGUUCAAAAGCUGUACGACCAUCAACUGCACUUAAAUUGGACGGGGCUCGGCAGGUCGAGUCUGGGUAUCAAAAGGUAUGUUCUCUAGUAUAAUACAGCAAAAAAUGCAUGCAUAUGAAAAAACUAUAGUGAUCACGCAUACUAUACGUUAAAAUAGACCCAUAUAAACAUAUUGAACGUCAAAAUAGAAAGAUGCUGAGACACUAUACCUAAAAAGAUAUCAAACAAACACGCUAUACCUACUACAACAUAUUCUUCAAACCGACCUUAAUUCCAGGAAUUCCAAGUCCCAGCCGAACCCCCAUGCCCAGCUAGCGAACUCAUGGACACAAUCAAGCAGAACCGCGUAAAAUCAGCUCAUUUUAAGAUGCGUACGGUCGACCCCAAAGGGCACGUGUACUUUGAACCUCGAACUGGCGACAGUUCCAGCAGCUCCAGAACAAGCACUGCCGUCUCCGAGCACUCGGUCCGCUCCGACAAGACAUUGACAUAA